AUGAAUAUUCCUCCAAAUCAGAACUCUCUCCAACAAAUGGGGGGAGGCUCAAACCCUAACGCCUCCUGGAGAGCAAUGUAUAGUGGAGAGGAAAGACAAAAAGUUGUUCAAAUUAUUAUCAACACUUUGACGGAAUUACAUGGAUCGAAUCCAAAUUUCAAUGUCCAACGGUUGACCAAAAUGGCACAAGAUUUCGAGAAGCUCGUGUAUGAGAGAUCAGCAUCCAAAGAAGAUUAUUUGCGGGCUAUUAAAAUGAAAGUGCAUCAACUUAGAGUCCAAAAACAACAGAUUGCUGCUAAUCAAGGUGGUCAAAUCAACCCGCAACAACGACAACAGCAGCAAAUUCCCAACUCGAAUUCCAUGAAUCCUGUCAAUGCCCAAAAUGUUCAAUUUUUGAGACAACAAGCACAAGCUAGAAGUCAGUCUCAAGCCCAAAUUCAAGCUCGCCAACAACAACUUCGUAAUAUGGUUAAUCAACAACAACAACAACAGCAACAACAGCAACAACAGCAGCAACAACAGCAACAACAACCGCAACAACAACAACAACAACAACAACAAACUAUACAACCACAGUCUCAGGAACGCCAACGGGAUCAGCAGAACGCCUCUUCUCAGUCGACUCAACAAAAUGCUGCAAGUGGUGCUGGUAAUGGUGGUAGCAAUGCUUCUUCUGCACAAGGUCAAUUACCCCCUCAGUUGGUUAAUUUGAUGAGAACAUCACCCAUUCCUCCACCGUUGCUUAACAAAAUGCCAAAGUUGCCUGCUGGAGUCAACACUUGGAAUCAGAUUUUUGAUUUAAUUAGAAAGAGGAUGAUACCACCUGAAAUGGUUCCUACUAUUAGAGAUAUCCAUGGUAUGCAUUUGCAGGUGUUUAUACGUCAACAGCAGCAAAAGUUGAGCAUGCAAAGGAAUACAAAUGAGAUUCCAGGAAACAGCAGCGACAAUUUAGUACAGGGUCCAAGCGCUAAUAACAAUGAUAUCAAUACUAAUCCCCAUAAUAACAAUAAUCCCAACACCAAUAAUUUUAAUAAUUUGACUCCUCAGCAAAGAGAACUGUUGUUGAGACAAACAAGAAUGCAGCAGCAGUUAGGACAGCAGAAACAAGGACAACAACCAACUUCUCUGUCACAACAACAACAACGACAACAGUCUGUUUCUCAGUCUAAUCAGACUUCUCAGUUGGCACAACAACAGAAUAACCAGCAACCACAACAACAGUUUACUCCUGGUCAACAAAAGCCACAGAUUACAAUUACUCAAGAAGAUUAUGCUAAAUACAGCAAUGAUGCUUUGAAUUUAUUGGCAAAAUUACAACAGCAGAAGCAAAUGCAGGGUCAAAUUAAUGGUCAAAUGAAAGAAGCAUUUAUUAAAAAGUUCAUCCUUCAUCAAAAGGCUUUGCAAUACAAACAGCGGCUUUCUCAACAGGCCACAAGUAAUGCUAAUGUUAGCAUGGUUCCUUCUGGUUCAAAUCAGCAGCAGCUUGCCAAAAUGCCUAACCAACAACAACAACAAAUGUCACAGUCACAACCUCAUACUUCACAGCAAUCACCAAUUCUUCAGCAGUCACAACUAGCACAGCAAGCACCUGUCCAGACUUUACCACAAAGCCUGCCCUCAUUAGGUAAUAUGGCCACACCCCAAAUGAAACAAGGUGUCACAACAAAUCCGACUAAUCUUUCUUCUCCAUUGGUUCCCCAACAGAUGCUAGUUAACAACAAUAAUUCUGGUCCUCAAAAUAGUAAUGUUAACCGUGGAAGACCAGUAACUGCACCAGCAAAUAUCACAAUGUCUUCUAUUUUGCCUCCCCUCACAGAUGAAGUCAAAAUUAGAUUGAGACAGUUGAUAGAAGAGGUAUCACGUAACAACGUAGUUUUGAGAGAUGUCACUAGUUUGCUCUCCGAGCAAGACAAAACUACUGUUCGUGAAUCCAUGAAUCGAAUUCAGGAACAGUACAGUAACGUGGAUAGUAUUAUUAGUUAUUUCUACUUGCUCACAAAGAAUGGUGAUGGUACUAAACGUUUAAUUCAAAUGAAAUAUAUGACAAAGAACAUUUUAGAUAACUUGCAUAGAGGAAUCUAUUUAGCAGGACCAGAUUUGUUGGAAAAGGUAAGAAGUCAAUACGCCAAGUAUUUUGAUUAUGUCAAGGAACAGAUAAACUUGAGAAGACAGCAAGUACUUCAGCAAGGUGGUGCUAAUAUAAUGCCUCAACAGCAGCAGCAGCAGCAACAACAACAAAAUAUGGUGAGACUGCAACCUCAGUCUCAACAGCAACAGCAAAUGAUGCAGAAUCAAGCCAGAAAUCAGGCAUUUAUGAAUCAAAAUCAACAAACAGCAAUGCAACAGCUGCAGCUGAACCAGCAAGUGAAUCAAGGUAACUGGGGUGCUGGAGCAAGUGGAUCUAACAAUCAAAUGAAUUUGACGCCGCAGCUACUGCAGCAACAACCGCCACAACCGCUACCACCUCAACAACAACAACAACAACAACAACAGGCAAUGCAACCAGGCGUUAAUAGUAGUCCUGUGAUUCCUCAACAACCGACACCGAUACAACAUCCGAUGUCAGGACCGCAACAAGUACCUGUGCAGCAACAACAACAACAACCAUCUCAAAGACAGCAGUCAGUUACUAAAGCAUCACAAAAGCUGGCAAAAACGAGUAAAAAAGGCACCGGCCAGGGAAGAAAGAAAAAAGCUUCAAUCAGUGCUGGCACGGCACCUACUCCUGGAGCUUUACCUGCUACUACACCUGGUACAUUGGCGAAUGCAAUUAAAACACCCCAUAAUAUGCCUACACCACAGAUACCACCUCAAACUCACAGCAACAAGAAUACGCCUAGUGCCCAGUCCCCAGCUUAUCCAGUAAAGGCAACUCCAUCAAGUACCACUCCAGGAACCACAAAUCACGCUAACAAUCCAAGUUAUGUGUAUCCUACUCCUGAGAUUGAUAUAUUUGCUAUGAGCUCAAAUGAUUCGAAGCUGGCUAAACGUCGCGAGCUAGUAAACACUGAUCCUGAGAAGUUUUUCUAUGCUUCAUUGGCCAAUUUGUUAGAGUUGGACGAAGCUAUUGUCAACAAUCAAGAAAUUAUGAAAACAUCGCCAAGACUCUCUAAUGGUAAACCUGCUGCUACUUCACCGUUAUCACCAAAAACUGGUGGAGAAUGGACGAGUGAAGUCAAGCCAUUAGCUAUAACAACGUCAUUUAAGCAAGUGGAUAUAAUUCGAGAAUUAACUAACGAUGACAUUAUUUCAUCUUCACCAAUGUUGGUAAUUCAAGAGGUCGAAGAACCACAACUGAUUAAAAGAGAACGCGAGCCAGAAGAUGAUUUGGAUUCUUUGUUCACCAACAAAAAGGCGAAUCUUGACGGUUUGGAUUUUGAUAGAUUUCUUUACGAGCCUAUAUCGUUUGAUGACUGGAAGGAUUUUGUUGUUUCUUCCAUACAAUGA